AUGCAAUGUCUUGCCCAAAGAGCAAAGAGCACAACAGCUCUGCACAAGGUCUUCAAUACUAGCAUCAUCUCCCUUCUUUCAAGAUAUCAAGCUCGACACUUCAGCGUCUCGUACACCAACAAAUCCCUCAAACCAAUCCCUUUCCUCCCAUCAUGGGACGCGAACAUAUUUGCAGAAAAAGCAUGCAAUCCAGGCCUACCCUAUCGACUCCCCCGAUCUAAAGCCCAUAUCCCACCCGCAUGCGACAAAUGGUUCACCCACGACAACGACGCCGGCUUCGUCAUCCUUGACGAAGGCAUCGAUGACCACGACAAAGUCCAUAUCCCCGAGUCAUCCGAGCUGAGGUCUUCAUUCUGGACCGAGCACGGGUCCACCAUCGUGCCAUUGGAACUGACGACCUCGAAGUCUUCUGCCGACGCCGUCAAUGCUACUAAGGACAAACAUGGGGAAGAAUUCCAUCGUGCCGAAGCUCCCCUCAGCCUUCUUUUAGCAUACCUCUCUUCCAAAUCUCCUUCGCCACCCGUAUCAAUCUACCUGGCCCAGUGCGAUCUGUCCACGCUCCCAGCCUCGCUCCAACGCGACAUACCACUACCUUCGCUCCUGGACCCGACCUCGACCUCCGGCGUAAUAAAAGGCGACAUAUACGCGUCCUCGCUCUGGCUGGGCCGCGCGCCGACAUAUACGCCCUUACACCGUGACCCGAACCCAAAUUUCUUCAUGCAACUCGCGGGGCGGAAACGGAUACGCCUCCUCCCGCCGGCAGUGGGCGACGCCGUGUUCGCAGACGUGCAGCGCCAGUUGGGCGCAAGCGACAGCCCGACGCUACGAGGCGAGGAGAUGAUGGUCGGUCCGCAGCGCGAAGCUCUGGAUGAUGCAGUUUGGGGCACCGGCACGCAGUACGCGGAGAUGCUCGACACAUACGGCGCUGAAACGGUGCUAGGGCUGGGUGAUGCAUUGUUCGUCCCGCGCGGGUGGUGGCAUAGUGUCAAGGGCGUCGGCGACGGUGUGACGGCGAGUGUGAAUUGGUGGUUUCGCUAA